CUCUCUCUUUGUCCGAUGCACACUCGUCGAUGGAUCGACGAUGAUGAGAUGGACACGUGAUCAGGCGUCUGCAGUGCACACAGGUCAUGACCAGGAAGAAAGACUCGUUGAAUGUGUCUCGUGCGCUGACUGACCGAGCUCUUGCGGUCUGAUGGUCCAGUUGGCGGUCAGGCCGACAGCCAGCCAGCCUCUGACGUCCUCAUCCUGACAACACACACACACACACACACAUACAAACCAACCGACCGACCCACCAAUUUGCCGUCCAUCCAUCCACGAGUGCGUGCGUGAGACAGACGUACGGAGAUCGACUGCGGGUACUCGUUCUGGAGCUUGCGGAGGUACAAGUCGACACACACGUUCUGGAGACACAUGACACACAGCACACAUCUCAAUGCUGUGUGUCUCUGCAAAAGUGACUCACGUUGAUGAUGGAUGCAGGGUUGGUGCGGAUGGCGAACUCCAUGGGGUCGGGGUCAUUUGGAUAGUCGAGCUGCCACUCGAAGAGGGCAUCGGGGAAGUAGUUGACGCCCGAAUACAGGGGGCCGGCGACUUGGGAGCCACCCACAGUCCUGAUGGAUGAACACACAAACAU